AUGGUCAAGCUGCAGUCUCACCCAGAGGGACGUUGCCACGUUGCCCGUUUUACGUGCCUUGUGUACAUCAGUUUGGUCUUGAAGUUACCUUUGAACUGUCAACAACCUGGUUUGACCAAGGAGUUGAAAGGGUCACAAAUUACACGAUGGCCGGGUGGCAAGACGGACGAAGCAAUUCAUUCACGAGUUUGUGACCCCGUCGACCUCAAUUCUGCUCUAACUACCGUCAACAAAGCGUACGGGGAUAGCGGAGAGGUUGGUACUAAGGAUAGCUAUGCUGGCGUGACACAUGAAAAAACGAAGAUGCUGCGCAACUACGGAAACAAUCGACCCGGACAGAAGAACCCUAAGAUUCAGUUGGACAAACAUGGACAACAGUCAGGGUCGCUUUUCCAAUGGGCCGCUGGUGCCAUCAAGCUCGAAUCUACCAGGGCCUGGUGCACAGAGCAGGAGGAAUCAGCGAACCACAGCCCUUGCUUUUACCGAAAAAGUCAAUCGUCGAGAUUGCAAGCCAUGGGAAUCCCCUUGCUUCCUGACACUUGUCUGUCCUCGGGACGAACCAUAACGCCCCACACGGCCGCAGAUCAAGACACCACCUUGUGUAUACUCGACUGGGACAAGACUUCGAGGAGAACAUGGCCGAGGCCAUGCCUGCAGCGGGAAGUGCACAGGGCUACUAUCCAUAACAGGGCCGCUUUCGUGGUCCGGCUACCUCAUGGCUUUGCUACUAAGACCGCGCCAUGGAAGACUUAUGGAAUGUCGAAAGAACAGUUGGAAAGACAUCCAGACUAUAUCAUUCCACUACGUGCGCCGUGUAUCGAGACAGCGAUAGAGCCUGUUACCAAGGAAAAUGGAAUCAUACCAAAGGGAGAUGCAGUCAUGGGCAGUCAUUGA